AACACAGACUCGAUGCAAUCGGCCUCUGAGCGCCACGGAGGGGGGCUCUUUUUUUUUUUUUUUGCCUCCUGGGUACCGUGAAACGUGCACAGUCGUUAUCGCCUCCGGGUCUGCGCCCCCUCUCAAAGUCCAACGGUCGAUGUCCUCGGCAUCGGUUGUGCUGCACGCGGCGCCGCCACUCUGCACCCGGGCUCCCGACGCCCGCUGACGCGAGCAAAGCAGACUGCCGAAGAGAAGAAGGGAGCCAAGUUGAGCCGGUGUUGUGUCGCAGUCAUGUCCGGACGGCCGAGGUUCGAGAGCCCGUUCCAGAGACCCGGAUGUCUGGCGGCCGCGGCCCCGGCGGGGAAAGUCCAGUUCACGCACCCGGGGAAGGCGAUCCUGGCCGGCGGGAUAGCGGGCGGCAUCGAGAUCUGCAUCACCUUCCCCACCGAGUACGUGAAGACACAGCUGCAGCUGGACGAGAAGGCCAACCCCCCCAAGUACAAAGGCAUCGCGGACUGCGUGAAGCAGACGGUGGACGGACACGGGGUCAAAGGUCUGUACAGAGGACUGAGCUCUCUGGUGUACGGCUCCAUCCCGAAGGCCGCUGUCAGAUUCGGGGUGUUUGAGUUCAUCAGCAAUAAGAUGCGCGAUGAAAACGGGAAGCUGGACAGCAAGCGAGGCUUCCUGUGCGGCCUCGGCGCCGGCGUGGCGGAGGCCGUGUUCGUGGUGUGUCCCAUGGAGACCGUGAAGGUGAAAUUCAUCCACGAUCAGACGUCAGCGAACCCGAAGUACAAAGGAUUCUUCCACGGAGUGAGGGAGAUUAUCAGGGUUGAAGGGCUGAAGGGGACGUACCAAGGCCUCACCGCCACGGUGCUGAAGCAAGGCUCCAACCAGGCCAUCCGCUUCUACGUCAUGACCUCCCUGAGGAACUGGUACAAAGGCGACGACACCGGCAAAGCCAUCAACCCUCUGAUCACCGGGCUGUUCGGCGCCGUCGCCGGCGCCGCCAGCGUCUUCGGGAACACGCCGCUGGACGUCAUCAAGACCCGGAUGCAGGGUCUGGAGGCUCACAAGUACAAAAGCACCAUGGACUGCGCCGUGAAGAUCAUGAAGCACGAGGGCCCGAUGGCGUUCUACAAAGGUACGGUGCCCCGGCUGGGUCGGGUGUGCAUGGACGUGGCCAUCGUCUUCAUCAUCUACGAGGAGGUGGUGAAGUUCCUCAACGUGGUCUGGAAGACGGACUGAGCGGGAGGCCGCCGCCGCCGCCGCCGCCUCGCUUUGACACUUCUGACGUCUGCCUCUACGCGACUCCCAGAGAGCGGAGACGGGGAUCGGUGUGUUCUGUGCUUUUUAUUCAUGACACGUGGGAAGCAAAAGAAAAGUCGCCGCUCACACUUCCUCCUCCUCCUCUUCCUCGUUUUCCUUCUUUUUUUUCUUCUUCUUUUUCUUAAAUUCCGACAGCGGGAAAGUUCCUUCAGAGCUCAGGGAGAAGGAACGAGAAACGGGAACAGUCAGCGCGGACAAACACUUUUAUAGAGUUAAUAUAAAGCAAAGCAAACAGCCAACAAAAUGUGAUCCAGACACUGUAGACCAAGACGUUAUACUUGAAACGAGAGAUUAUUGAAGCCCUUUUUAUAUGCAAGAAAUAGAUUUGUUUUCUAAAAGACCUCAUCCAGAAUCUGAUGAUGUAAUUAUUGUCCAGAUGUGCAACGCUGCUCGCGUUGAGAUCUAAAUGCCUUAAAUCCCAAAUGUCAGAUCCAUUUUAUUUGAAUUCUUUUUGUGACGCGACUACUUUAGAAAUCCACUUUUCCAUUGUUGAGGUGUUUGAUUCUAAGUUGCAGAGAUGUUUUAAGUCAAAUGACUUACGAGCUACGAUGCUAUAAAAAAAAGUGCCUGUGUAUUGAUUUUGUGAUCUUUUGAGACAAAGAACCGUUGAAUGUUGUACGUGCUUCAGUCACUACAGAUGUUUUAAUAAUGGUGCCGGAUGUUUAAUCCCAGGUUUCUGUGGUAUUUCUGAGGUGUUAAAUUGUCUUAAUUGCAUAGACAUGCCUGUUUUGAAAAGUGCCAUUAAUAGUGCCUUCUGUCUCAUUCCAGGAAGGAAGAAUGAUUGACGAUACAUUUGAUUGCAGAUUUUGUUUUAGAUUUUUAAAUUUUUGCCUUUUUACUUUUUACACCAGCUGACGAGCCGAUGUGCCGACUGGCGUUUUGUAGCUUGUGAGUCUGGCAUGUAAUGCUACCAAUUGCUUUACAAAUGUUUACUCCUGCUUGCAAUCAUUUAAACUAAAUGAAAAAUAACUAUUUAAAUAUCUAAGACAUAAAAAAUAUGCCAGUCGUUAAAACAGAGUAUUGUACGUUCAGUCCAAUUAGUUUUAAUAAGUAAACAAAAAUAAAACAUGUGAUCAGACAAUUCA